AUGGUGGGCAAGCUGCUACCACUGGUUGCCCCGGCGACUGGUGUGGUUGCAGGGAACUGGGCGGUUCUUUACAAGGAGGCCAGAGCCGAGCUUGGGCUCCUUGAACCUCCUGCAGGACCUUUGAUGCCAGCCCCGGGCAAGGACCGACAACCCACUGUCAGAUCUCUAGAAUCCGACGAGGCAGGUGCUUGGCUUCGCUUGUUACUGUUCGGUAACACUAAGACCCUGCCCGAACGCAAGGUCACGAGUCACAGCUGCAAGUGCACCUGCAUUAGUUGGGCAGCCAAGUUCGUGUCACCUUCGGAGCUUCUUCUGCUGGGAUAUCACGUGGGUGACUUCAGGAUGGGUUUGACGUACUCCCGCGACUCUGCAGCCCCUACACUCCUUUUGCUGGAGCGCAUUUUGCGCAAGAUUAGGAGUGGCGAGUUCGUGCCGGAUGCCACUCGCAGUGGGCGUUUCAAGUCCAGUGUGCGUGGAGUGCCUCUUGUUGAGAUUAAGGAUGAAGAAUGGGAGGACGUUGGCGGCUCCACCCCGAGGUCUGAAGCUUCUCUGCCUAGUGCGAAUCCUUUUGGCGAAGAGCAGGAGGAGCCUCAGCUAGAUGCAUGUGUCACGACUGGAUCUUCCAGUAGUGACACUUCCGAGGAUGAGGUUGAGAAGCGCAAGGCGCCGUUUGUGGUGCCUCCAGCCCCCAGCGGAAUGAGCUACUGGGUGCAUGAUAAGUCACGCGUGCUUCACUUGACUCAGGAGCAUUACAAGAAUGUUUUCUUGUGUGGACGUGCGGUGGGACAGCUGCACUCGAGGGUGGAUGGUGUGUUGAUUGCUCGAUUUGAGUGCGCACCAGUGGUAGGGGCCUCCUUUGAGGGGCGGUGCUCAGAGCUUCGUGAGGUUUUUGCCGUGGCGGAUCCGUCCAUAGGAGAUCUUGCAGACAUCCGUCAGCUUCACUUUGAAGCCACCACUUUGGUGGUCCAGACUUACAAAGAGAUGGUUUCUCAAGAGUCAUCAGAUGGUGCGCCUUUGAGAAAGCUUCCUGUUCCUGAGAAGCGAGCCAGGCGGGAAAACCAACAGGGCAGGCUGUCUGGGAUCACGAUGGAGGGUGAGCUUGAUCCAGCAUAUCAGCUGAUAGAUGCAUGCAAUCAUCAGAUGGAAAGCUCGGUUCUUUACUGGCUUCCGGUCGAACACAACGUUGUGAAGAUGGGACAUCAGUCAACUCCAGUUGAGUGUGAUGUUUCAGAUUCUUUGAAGUGUCAGUGGGCGUGGAUGCGCCGAGGCCUUGCAUACGAUCAGUGCAAGAUGAUCACGUACAAUGUCCACCAACGGUGGAUUCAGAGGCUGCUUGAUUGUCUCUCACUCUCGCAGGUGCCUCCCCCUGGCUAUGCUUAUGUUGGCCUGGCUCAGUGCAUCCGUGCAGACAAGGAGUUGUUUUUGCUCAUGUCGCGUGAGAAUCUGAAGACCUUCAGGGGGAAUGCUGCAGGUGAGUUGCCUCUCGACAAUCUGAUUAACAGAUUGUCUUAUGAUCAGCGGGUGCAGCGGUUCCUUCUUCCCAUGAUCAAGGGACCGAAGGGUGGUGGCAAAGGCAAAGACAAGGACAAGGACCCUCCGCCUCCUCAGGUGGAUGACGAGCGUCCUCAGAAACCCAAGCCCAGUGCGCACGCCAAGGAGAUCGCAAAGCGUCGAGGUGGGCCCAAGAACAAGCCUGAGGCCCUGAAGCCGUAUGACACGCGCACCAAGUGGGGCAACGUGUGCUGGGGCUGUAACCUUGAGGAUGGUUGUGAUCUGAAGACUGAGAAAGAUCCAAAGUCUGGAUUCAUGAAGUGUGCCCGCGGCCUGCACAUCUGUGCAGCGUGUCACAAGCCUGGGCACUCCGUGCUCAACUGCAAGUCCAAGGCUGCGCAGGCAGCUUGA